AUGUUAAUUCGAGAUGUUCAAGAGCAGAUCUCCAAACAGAUAAGGAAUGCAAAGCCGGGUGAAAAUGUUGUCUUGCAGCUAAAGAUGGGAGAGGGAAAGUAUUCAGUUAUUGUCCCUGUGUUGGCGGCCGUGUUAGCAGACGGGUCAUGUCCAGUGCGGGUGGUUGUGGCAAGACCCUAA